AUGACAGCCAGCGUGCCCAUCGAGCAGCAACAAAUGCGGCCUGAAGGCGCAAACAACGAUGGCGAACAAAGCGUGCCAGACGACGGCAUGGCCAGCAGGGUUCUUCGCAAGAUUGACAGGAAUCUGAUACCGAUCCUUUUCGUCACUUACAUGUUCAAUUUCAUGGACAAGACCAUCCUCUCGAGCGCCUCGGUCUUUGGGCUCAAGGAAGACAACAAACUCCAGGGCCAGGACUACAGCUGGGUCUCGUCCGUCUUCUACUUUGGCUACUUUAUGUGGACGUGGCCGACGUCGCUGCUCAUCGCCCGCCUCCCGGUUGCCAAGUACAUGACAGCCAAUACGCUCUUCUGGGGUGCUUCGGUGGCGCUGACGGCGGCAUGCACCAACUACGGUGGCCUCCUGACCGUGCGCUUCUUCCUCGGGGUCGCCGAGGCGACCAUCACGCCGGCCUUCAUGUUCCUCACCUCGACUUGGUACACGCGCGACGAGAUACCCUUCCGGACCGGAAUAUGGUUCUCGGGCAAUUCGGUGGGCGGCAUGUUCGCCUCGCUGAUAGCCUUUGGCAUCGGCCACAUCGACGACCACGUCGGCCCCUGGCGGUGGAUGUACAUAGUACUGGGCUGCUCGACGUUCCUCUGGGCGUCUGCCAUCUUCUGCUUCCUGCCCGAUCGCAUCUCGAGCGCGCGGUUCCUGACCAAGGAGGAGCGCGAAUUCGCCCGGGACCGGGUCGUAGUGGCCGGCACGGGCCGCACGGACAAGACGGUCUGGCGCUGGGACCAGUUCGCCGAGUGCCUGGCCGACCCCAAGACGUGGCUCUUCUUCUGCAUGGAGCUGGCGUCGCAGAUGCCCAACGGCGGCACGCAAAACUUUGCCAACCUCGUCAUCCGCUCCUUUGGCUUCACGUCGCUGCAGACGACGCUCAUCAACAUCCCAUACUCGCUGCUCGCGGCGUCGUGGAUCGCCGGCUCCGGGUGGCUGGCCGGCCGCCACCGCCGCGCAAACUGCCUCCUCAUCGUCGCCGUCGUGCUGCCCUGCAUCGCCGGCGCCUCCAUCAUCUACUCGCGCGCCAGCACGCCCCGCGCCGCGCACAUGGUGGGGUACUUCCUGCUCGCCUCGGGGUCGUCCGCCAUGCCGCUGGCCAUGUCGCUCGUCCAGGCCAACUACAGGGGCGUGACCAAGAAGAUGACGGUGACGGCCAUGCUGUUUGUCGCCUACUGCGCCGGCAACAUUGCGGGCCCGCACCUCUUCCGCGCCGACGACGCCCCGACCUACAGCUCCGCCUUCCUCGCCAUCAUGCUGUGCUACGCCGUUGUCGUCUGCCUGGCCCUGACCCUGAGGUUCUACCUGGACGCUGCCAACAAGCGCCGCGCGGCCGAGGAGGGUUUCGAGGGCGACUCGGGCGUCGCGGGUGCCGUCGGCGGCGUCGUCGUCGCCAAGACCCCCGGCGCUGGUGGAGGUGGAGGUGGAACGGGUGAUCUUGGGCGCAUGGUCAACGAGGUGGAGCUCCGGCCCGAGGACUACGAGGACGUGACGGACUGGAACAUGGUCGGCUUCCGUUACAGGCUCUGA